AGCUCCAGCUGGGGAGAUUUCAGCGCAGGUGUCCUUGGGUUUUUUAUGACAUCUCGGAGACAAGACCCGACCGUAAGUAGCCUAAUACGGCUGAGGAGGAAUCAUAGCUGAUAAAAUAAUAAAUGUUUGAUCUGCCAUGAAAUCCGAAAGGACCAGCGAAGGAAAGAUAUGCUCGUCUGGAUGAGAGACCCCCGCUGGGUGAAGACACGCAGCGUAUGUUAGCUGAGCCGUGAAAGCUCGCUGCCAUUGACUGGAGCUGAGGCUGAAAUGGGAGCAAAACGAUGGAAACAGAGCGCAGCGGAGUGAACAUCAUCGCGCUAAGCGUCGCAUCACUGAUCAUUUCAAGGUAUUAUACAUCAUUUAAGGAUUAGCAAUUCCUGAUAUUUGCCAGUGUCAGGACAUUGCCAGCAGAUGCUGAUACGCCGGCAUCUAUGGUCGCUAGGCAAAUUCAGUUUUUCUCUCUGCAGAUGUGGGCUGCAAGAAGAAUAGGGCCUGUUCGGUGGGUGAAGGGUUUUAUCAUUGAUCACGUUGAACAGAAACUUGAUCAUCUCCAGCAUUACAGGCCAUGCAUGGAUGAGUCUUCUGGACUGCUUUCACAUGUAAUGGACGAUGAGGCAUGUUUAGGUGAGAUAGGCUACAUGGGAGAAUAGGCUGAUGAGACAGGCAUGUUGAAUUUGGCAAUAAGAAGGAGCACCUCAUUGUUGCACAUGAGAAAACCAAACCUGAGCUGGAUUUCUCUCCCGACAUCAUUCUCAUCAAGAUGGGACUAAGUUGACUUUAUGUCAACACGUCGCUGGAUGUGAAGCCACACAUGCAAACAAUGCCAAGCUCUGUGGCGUCCGUCAUGGGCACAAAUUUUACUGAUGUUCCCUGGGAGCCCGGUUCCAGUCAAAACCUGUUCUGGUCCUCCACUGUUAACAGCGUGGUGAAGAUGGUGCUCAUAUCUCUCAUUGUAUGUGUGUCCUUGUUUGGGAAUGUGGUGGUUCUGCUGGUGUUCCAGAGGAAGCCUCAGCUCCUUCACGUGGCCAACCGCUUUGUCCUCAACCUCCUCUUGGCGGACCUGCUCCAGACCAUAUUAGUCAUGCCCUUUGCCAUUGCCGCCACCCUACCAGGUGUGUGGCCCCUGGAUGCCCGACUGUGCCAGACUUUGGUGGUGCUCAUGCACCUUUUUGCUUUUGCUGGGGUCAAUACCAUUAUCGUUGUCUCUGUGGAUCGCUACCUGGCCAUCAUACAUCCUCUGUCCUAUCCCACCCGCAUGACCCCUCACCUGGGCACUAACCUGAUCAUCUGCACCUGGGUGCUCAGUUUCCUGCAGAGCACGCCUCCCCUCUACGGCUGGGGAGCAAUUGACUUUGACCGCAAUCACAGCGUGUGCUCAGUGGUGUGGUCCUCUAGCCUGUCCUACUCUGCUGUUGUGUCCACCUUCUCCUUCUGGCUGCCUGUGCUCAUCAUGCUUGGAUGUUACUGGAUGGUGUUCAGAGCAGCUCGGAGGCAAAACGCACUUGUGCACCCCAUACAGACACAAUCCUACACCCAACCCUGCCCACAGGACUUCCAGGGGCCUAGCAGUCCCCAGAGGCAGCCCCAGCCCCGGCAAGCCAAUUCACCUGAAGGCCCCCAUUCAGCCAGGGGGUAUCCUGUUCGAGUUAGGCACAGACGCUUCCGCUACCACUGCAAGGCAGCACGUGUAGUUUUUGUGAUUAUGGCUUCAUAUAUCAUCAGCAUGGGGCCUUACAGCAUACUAAAUACUAUAUCAAUGAGUGCCAGAGCAGCUGUACCACCCUGGCUGUCCUCCCUUGCCCUUGUGCUCUUCUUUUUGCAGUGUUGCCUCCACCCGUACAUUUAUGGUUACAUGCAUCGCAGUGUGAGGAAGGAAUUCCUCGCACUGCUCUGUGGGCUGUUCUGCAAACAGGGGCGCCCCAGCCAGAGCUCUGCAGUGGAGAGUUGCUUCACAACUACAGAGGGACGUUUAGGUGCCCACCCUCACCUGCCCAGCCUGACUGCUCGAGUCUUCCCUCUGCGGACUUGGGAAGAGUGCACGACAUCUUCCUCUCCCACUUUUGAGAGGAAGUCAAGGGACAGCCGUAAAGAGACCACUUCUACCAGCGUCAGCUCUGAGAGGGAGCUCACAGUCCACAGCAAGCAAAGCACAUAAACUGCCUUGAGUAUUCAUCAGUUAUAGACCAUGUACAGUGUGUUCACACAUAAGCUAACAUGCCUUCUUGACAACAGGGUCAUUCAUUCUGAAGUUGCUGGCAUUAGGGAUGGUGGUAUUACCUAGUUGAUCAACAACAUAAGGAUAUUUAACUAAUUUGUCAUAUGCCUAAGAAUGAUGAAUUAGAGGUUGAAAAUAUCUCUUGAAAAAAAUGACUUUAUUUUAUUUUCAUUUGGUCAAAUCUUUUACAGUUUUAAGAGUUACCAAGUACCAGAUAAGUCUCAAUGUGCACAGCUGUGUUUUUUGUUGCAUUAUGUUUUGUCUCUUCAAACCACUGUUAGUAUUAAAUAUGUAUGCAAUUUUUUGUACUAGCUACUGUUACAACAAAUGGGCAUUCAAAUAAAUCUAAAAUUUAAAAAUAUUCAAACUAAAG